AUGUCGUCAAAAUCGUUGCCAAUUUGCGAGCAGAUCGACGCCGACGAGGUGCCGCUGAAAACGAUCAUCAGCAAUUCGUCGCACGCGAGUUUCCAUUUGAAUAUUCCGACGACGACGACGAUGGAUUAUUUGUCGAUUCACGAAGACGAGACGUCGAUCGCCUCAUCGGAUCGAACGCUCGAGCGCGGCUUUUCGCGAUUCGGACGAAAACGCUCUUCUGUGCGAAUGUUCUAUGAUGAGACGAACUUCGCCGAUCGCAAAGCGUCUUGGAUGGACACCGAACAUCGGGUGAUAUUGAACGUUGGUGGAAUUCGUCACGAGACCUACACGCAUGUGCUCAAAAAAAUUCCGGCGACGCGAUUGUCGCGUCUCACGCCAAAUUUGGCCAAUUACGAUCCGGUGCUCAAUGAGUAUUUUUUCGAUCGCCAUCCCGGCGUUUUUUCGAUGAUAUUGAACUAUUAUCGCACCGGCAAACUGCACUAUCCGACGAACGUGUGCGGCCCGCUGUUCGAGGAGGAGCUCGAGUUUUGGGGUCUCGACGCGAAUCAGGUCGAGCCGUGCUGCUGGAUGACGUACACGCAGCAUCGCGACACGCAGGACACGCUCGCCGUCAUCGAGAGUCUCGAUCUCGACGGCGAUCCGCCGACGCAAGAGGAGAUCGCGAAGAAGUUCGGCUGGGAAGACGAUUACUAUUCGGGCACACUAUCGCAAUGGCAGCAGCUCAAACCGCGUGUGUGGGCGUUGUUCGACGAGCCGUGGAGCUCGAAAUACGCUCGGAUCAUCUCAUCGAUGUCGGUCGCGUUCAUUCUGGCGUCGACGUGCUCGUUCAUCCUCAAAACCGAUCCGUCGUUUCAGAUUCCCGACAUUGACGUCUUCUACUCAUUGCGCGUCGUCGAUGAAGGCGGCUUCAAGAACUAUCACAAGACGAUCGGCACCGACAAACCGGUGACAUCGCCUCAUCCCUACUUCUUCUAUGUCGACCUCAUAUGCAACAUCUGGUUCACCAUUGAGCUGCUGACGCGCAGCUUAUUCUGCCCGUCGUUCCACAAAUUCGUCCGAUCGCCGCUGACGAUCAUCGACGUCGUCUCGACGGGCGCCUUCUUCUUCGAGAGCCUCCUUCAUGCGAUUCUCAUUCAGACCGGCUCGCUCGUCACAUUGGAUUUUCUGUCGAUGAUCUGUGUUCUGAGGUUGUUCAAGUUGACGCAACAUUUUUCCGGCUUGAAGAUUCUGAUACAGACUUUUAAGGCUUCAGCUCAAGAGCUCUGCCUUCUCGUCUUCUUCGUCAUCCUCGCCAUCGUCAUCUUCGCCGCGUUGGUCUACUACGCCGAACGAUCGCAACUGAACAAGGACAAUCAAUUCACGAGCAUCCCGCUGGGACUCUGGUGGAGUCUCGUGACGAUAUCGACCGUCGGUUUCGGCGACAUGGUGCCGAAGACGUAUUUGGGCAUGCUCGUCGGCUCGUUGUGCGCCCUCAUGGGUGUGCUCACCAUCGCGUUGCCGGUGCCGGUCAUCGUGUCGAACUUCUCGAAUUUGUACUCGCAUUCGCAGGCGCGCGCGAAAUUGCCGAAAAAGCGGCGACGCGUCUUGCAGGCGCACGAGGUGAAGCCGACGAUGUUGGGUGUGAAGCCGGCGGCGCACCACGGCAAACACCGCAAGAAGAGCUCGUCCGACGGACCAUCGACGCCGGCGAAUCCGGCGCCGCCGCGAGUGUGCAAAAACCACAACGGCGGUUUGGCGGCCGAAUCGAAACUCAUGGCCUAG